AUGCACAAUGGGCCCGACGUUGAUUGGGAGCGAGUUUGGCAAGGCGACUUCUCCCAGCUCCGCGGCUUUGUGCACGAGUCCUUGGAGGUCCGGUGCCUGGACCGCGACGGCGACCGGGGCGUGGUGUCCGCGGCGCCCUUGGCCGCCGGGGAGCUGCUGCUGGCGGAGCGGUGCCUCGAUCCGCCCAACGUGGCGCCGGAGAAGGCGCUGGGCCAGCGGCUGCACGACGCGCAGCCACACAUGGAGGCACUGGAUUGGCAGCGGCUUGAUUUCAUGUGCGACGAUGAUGACUUGAAGCAGUUCCCCAAGCCUAUCCCGCUCCCUUCCUGGCCAGCAAACCUGCGAAGAAGCGAAGGAAGGACCAUCACUUUGCGGCAAAUGCAGAGAAAGGUGGCGCUAAAUGCAUACAGAUGCUCCGCGCCUGUGAGCGAGUAUGCGUUUAGUAUGGAUCAAAUCCGCGAGGAGGAGCGCCAUGAGAACUUCGGGGUUUUCCCCUUGGCCUCCCUUUUCAACCACAGCUGCGCACCCAACAUGGCCAAGGUCCUGCUGGCAGAUUGGGUCUUUCUGAGAGCGGGCCGGGAUGUGGCACCCGGGGAGGAGCUCACGCAGUAUUACUGCGACAUCCGCAUGCCAGUAGAGAUGCGGCGCAAGGAGCUAAGUGAUCUCUUUGGCUUCACCUGUGGCUGUCCUCGCUGCCUCUUUGAGCUCAAGAUGCAGAAGGACCAGACAGCGGAGCCGCUGGAGCCCUGGCGGCGGCUCUACAGCUCGGAGGUGCCGAGCUUCCACCCGCGCUACGGCGCUCUGCAGGUCUCCCAACUGGAAGGCAUCGUGGCGGAAGCCGAGGCGGCAGCGCUUGCUGCCGCUCCCGACGGGCCGAAGGACUGGGCUGUGUGGCCCUUGGUCCCGGCCCUGCAACAGCUGGCCACGCGCCUGCGCCUGGAUGGGCGCCAGGAGGAGAGCCUCGAGGUGUUCCAACGAGCGGAAGCCGUGGCUCGGUCCGUGGUGCCGUUGUCCAACAUCCACCUGCGGCUGCACUCGGAGCUUCUGCUCACGGGCCGGAGUGACGAGCUCUACUUGGAGAGCCGGUGCUUGGUGGCCCAGGCCUUUGGCCCAGGGGAGGCCGUGUGGCGGCUCCUGGUGGGUUUCAACUUGGGCGAGGGAGCAGAGUUGGAAGCCAAGCCCUGCGCCAUCUUCUACCAGUGGGAGGAGCAGAAGGGGAAGACCUUGAAGGUUUGGUCGGCGGCUUUCCAGAGGCUGGAAGACAUCCAGCUGGAUGCGUCCGCGGAGGUCUUGCUCUUCAGGGCGCCAGGUGCUUUGGACCUCCAGGAUGCGUUCUCCUACAGCCAUCUUCUGGAGCGCCUGGAAGGUGAACGCAAGGACUUCCACCCCUUGAACCCUCGUGAGCGUGGCGUGGCGGCGGACAUGUGCCGCUACAUCGACCAGCAGCUGCAGGCCCAAGGCUUUGCCUCUCUCAGCAGCGCGCUGGAAGCCGAGGUGCUGCGAGCUGAUCACCUGCUGGAGCAGUUGCAGCAGUACCUUCCAAAGCCACUGCGACCAGAGGACGCGCGCGUGGCGGAAAACUUGCUUCGCCUGGGGCGGCCAAUGAGUGGCGGAUGUGUCGAUGCUGCAGAGUUCUGUCAGCGUUUUGAAGUCUUAGCCCGCAGCGGUGCUGCUGCCGGAAGUGCAGCGCUGGUACCUGUGCCCCCUCCUCCGCUACCAGACAGCGACGUGACCAAGCUGGUGCUUCGGGAGAAGCCUUGCCCCGUGGAUAUAGACGCGCUGGGGCUCACCAGAUUGGCGCAGGUGGCCCAGCGCUUGGAGAGAGAGUUCCCCGACGGGACCUGCGCGCUCUUCCGGCUGGUGCGUGUCCUGGAGGCUGAGAUGAAGACACUUCCGAGCGCGCGGCAGCAGGACCAGCUGAAGAAGUGGCUGGAGCCUGCGCCGGGCGACCAGCUCCAUUGGCCGAUGCUGCUGGGCUUCCAGGUGACCAUUGAGAAGCUGACCGUCAUGGCGACAAAGGAGCUGCGGAAGUCAUACUCCCAAUUCCAGAUGGGCGUGUCUUUCUGCGGCAGAGACUUAAAGUCCAGGCGAGUUUCCUGGCGCAUGGGCUACAUGUGCUUGUCAAAGCCCAACAUCAUGGAGAUGCAACCCAAGUGGAUGAUCAUCUUCACGCUGGACGGCCCAGAUGGUCUAUCUGCUCGAGAUGUGUCCUUGGCCUUGUCCGAGACGCCAGAGCCUCCCCCCAGCCACCGGCUUCGCUUCUCGAUCUUUGGGAUCAAGACAGGCGAAGAGGAGGCGCGAGAGCUCGGGAGCUGCGAGCUGUGCGCUGGCUACGAUUUGCCGAGCGCUGACCUGCGCCCCAAAGAUGCCAAGGCUCAACGGGUCAUCGAAUGCUCAGCUCACCAGGCCGAUUUGGGCGCCACCGCUUUGAGCCCGGCGCUGCGUGCCACGCUGGUCUUGUCCACGCGCCGGGCCGGACGACUGCGCGAAGUGGCCGGAAGGAGGUAG